AUUGGGAAGAAACAACAAAAGAUGAGGUUGAAUCCAUCUAAGCCUCUUCGAAAAUCUUUUGACCUUUUUUCGAUACCAAAACAAUUGAGAUUAUUGCGUACAGAUCAAAUCUAUAUUUUUAUUAUAUGUAGUCUAGCCAAACGAUAUAUCUCACAGCCUCACAUAAUUGAUUUUAUCAUAGGUGUGUGAUAAAUAAUUCUUUGUGAUUAUGUCUCUUUGUUUGUUACUUACCAUUCUCUGUGUUUUUUUCAUUCAUAUUUUUUUAUCUCAAGUAUCCUUUUAAUUUUUUGUUUUAUCAUCAUAUUAUAUAUUUGCUUUUAUUUAAAGUGCUACAUAAAUAUUGAAGAAAAUAUUUUGAAUACAUUAUUCAUUACCAUUUUCAUAAGAAGAAUUCAAAAAUUAAAAAGAUGGCCUACAUAAAAGUUUACUAAAAUUUAUGCAAAAAACUAUUCCAAAUUAAUUUAUUUCUGUAAUAUAUAUAGUUAAAUUAAUCACAAAAUAAAAAUACUAAAAUAUAUAUUUCUAAAACAAAUUUAAACAUAUCAUGUUACAAAGUAAUUAAAAUAAAAUUUUAAUCGUAAAGAUGUAAUCCGCGCGUAGCGCGGACACGAAACUAGUUUAUAUAGUAACUGAUUACGAAGAUAAACAACUUCGUUUUUUUCUGGUUUAAUGAAUAUUGAAAUCCCAAAAAUAGUCACGGAACUCUUGUUUUUCUAGGCUUACAAAAAGAAGAGAAAGAGUUUAGAAGAGAGAGAUCUAAGAAGCUCCAAACAACAAUAAAAAGAAGAAGAAUGUCGUUUUCUGGUUAUAGCUUCGUCGUACUAACAUUAUUCUCCAUCGUCUUAACUCAAAUAUAUGGUUUGGGAAAAGUUGACCCAAUGUAUGAUCUCAAACCGGAAGAAACGCUAGCGAUUCACAACCAGAUUCGAGCCGAUGUCGGGGUGGCUCCGUUGGUAUGGGAUGAUAAACUAGCUGCCUACGCACAGAACUACGCUAACGUACGAUCCAAAGACUGCGCCAUGAAGCAUUCAACUGACGGAAUGUACGGCGAGAAUUUAGCCGCAGGUUGGGUCCAACCUUUGGACACAAUGAGCGGUCCGAUUGCGACUAAGUUUUGGUUGACGGAGAAGCCUAAUUACAAUUAUGACACCAACAGAUGUAGUGGUGUAUGUGGGCAUUACACCCAGAUUGUGGCUAAUCAAUCGCAAAGACUUGGUUGUGGUACGGUCAGGUGUCAUAACAAUGAGUAUGUUUGGGUCGUAUGUAACUAUGCUCCUAGGCCAAUGGGUGAUGCGAACACACGUCCGUAUUAAUUAACUUUUGUGUUUUCUUUUAACGAUGACUAAACAGUAUGGUAAUUGGAGAGUGCGUAUUCGAUUUGUAUUAAAAAAAUCAUCUUCAACAUAUAUACUACACUUACAUAAUAAA